GUUUAAUCCCUAGGACUUAGCAUCAUAUUGUGCACAUAAAAAUUAUUUAAAAGUAUAGAACUCAAAAAAGGUGCAAAGAUCCAAUAUGGCGCCGACAAGAAAGAAUGAAGUUGAUGAUUCAGCACAAGAGGUGAAACUUUAUAUUGGAAUCCAAAUUACGCCACCUUGUGGAGGAGAAAGAGUUAGCGUAUUUUGGAAUACCGUCAGGAAAAAAUAAAAACUGUUUUGGGC